GGCUCGCCGGAGCCACGGCGCGGGGCGCUGCUCGCAGACCCCCGACGACUCGCCCGCCUGCCCCGCCGCGGCUCUGACCCUGCCAAGGGCUGUGAACACAGAUCAGCUGCUACCGGGUGUACACAACCAGGGAGCAGAUCCACAGCACGCUGCGAGCAGCCUUUUUAACCCUGAGACUUUCCAAGAUCUGUGCACGCAGGAAGUUUCCUUCCCUGGUGUCAGAUGUAGCACCGAGCUCUCGUCUUCAGAUCUGAGCUGGGCUCCCUGCUGCACACCAGAGCGGCUUCUUUGAGACGUUUGUCCUUGAAACUGCACCAAACUCUUGGAAGAGCCCAGAACGUAGCUGACAACUGAUUGGUUCAUCAAUGAGCAAUAUUAAAUAAUGAAGAUGUAAGGGAAGAGUCCUCUGCUAACAUUGUCACAGCUUGAAAGAUGGAGAGAUCUAAACAGAGAGAGUUAGAGCAGUGGGUCAAGAGCCCACGAUGAGCAGGUGGCAGCGGCAAGGUUGCUAUUCGGACUUCCUGAUUCAUGUUAGUUCUUCUUAGCUUAUGGACGCAGUGUCGGCUUCUCUGCAGAAUGUCCAACAAAGACCGGCACAUUGACUCCAGCUGCUCGUCCUUCAUCAAGACGGAACCCUCCAGCCCGGCCUCCCUGACGGACAGCGUCAACCACCACAGCCCGGGCGGCUCCUCGGACGCCAGCGGGAGCUACAGCUCCACCAUGAACGGCCACCAGAACGGGCUGGACUCGCCGCCCCUCUACCCGUCGGCGCCGCUGCUGGGGGGCAGCGGGCCGGUGCGGAAGCUCUACGACGACUGCUCCAGCACCAUCGUGGAGGACCCGCAGACCAAGUGCGAGUACAUGCUCAACUCCAUGCCCAAGAGACUGUGCCUGGUGUGCGGGGACAUCGCGUCCGGCUACCACUACGGCGUGGCCUCCUGCGAGGCCUGCAAAGCCUUCUUCAAGAGGACGAUCCAAGGUAACAUAGAAUACAGCUGCCCGGCCACGAACGAGUGCGAAAUCACGAAGCGCAGACGCAAAUCCUGCCAGGCGUGCCGCUUCAUGAAGUGUCUGAAAGUGGGUAUGCUGAAGGAAGGGGUGCGUCUUGACAGAGUACGUGGCGGUCGGCAGAAGUACAAGCGCAGAAUAGAUGCAGAGAACAGCCCAUACCUGAACCCUCAGCUGGUUCAGCCAGCCAAAAAGCCAUAUAACAAGAUUGUCUCACAUUUGUUGGUGGCUGAACCGGAGAAGAUCUAUGCCAUGCCUGACCCUACUGUCCCUGACAGUGACAUCAAAGCCCUCACCACACUGUGUGACUUGGCCGACCGGGAGCUGGUGGUCAUCAUUGGAUGGGCGAAGCAUAUUCCAGGCUUCUCCACGCUGUCUCUGGCCGACCAGAUGAGCCUCCUCCAAAGUGCUUGGAUGGAAAUUUUGAUCCUUGGUGUCGUAUACCGAUCGCUUUCGUUUGAGGAUGAACUUGUCUAUGCAGACGAUUAUAUAAUGGACGAAGACCAGUCCAAAUUAGCAGGGCUUCUUGACCUCAAUAAUGCUAUCCUGCAGCUGGUAAAGAAAUACAAGAGCAUGAAGCUGGAGAAAGAAGAAUUUGUCACCCUCAAAGCGAUAGCUCUCGCUAAUUCAGACUCCAUGCACAUAGAGGACGUGGAAGCAGUGCAGAAGCUGCAGGACGUCCUGCACGAGGCCCUGCAGGAUUACGAGGCGGGCCAGCACAUGGAAGACCCGCGCCGGGCAGGCAAGAUGCUCAUGACGCUGCCGCUGCUCAGGCAGACCUCCACCAAGGCGGUGCAGCACUUCUACAACGUCAAACUCGAAGGCAAAGUUCCCAUGCACAAACUUUUUUUGGAAAUGCUGGAGGCCAAGGUCUGACUAAAAGCUUCCUGGGCCUUCCCAUUGUGCACGUGGAGAAAGGGAAAAUCAACCCAAGAGUGAUGGCAAAGAAACUUAGAAUUUAGUUAAGAACAUCAACUGUCAGCAGAGACUGCACGGAUAUUUUAGCAGCGAGACUGUGAAGCAGCUUUCAGAUUCCUCCGUAUGUUCCUGAUAAAUUUCUGGCUACUCUCGUCUCUCUUUUGUUUUUUCUCCCUCAUCUUCCUAUCUCCCUUUUCUCCUGACUCCCUUCCUUUUAUUUCAUUUUUAUUUUCUUUCUUUCUGUUUUUUUCCCCUCACCCUCAUUGUUUGACUUCCUUAAUUACUGGUUUCUGGCUGCCUUCCUUUCUUCUUUCCUUCCUUCCUUCCUUCCUUCCUUCCUUCCUUCCUUCCUUCCUCCCUUCCUUCCU